AUGGCAGAUCAGGCUGUGUCCACGUACACGCCACUAGAGGUUCCUGUUCCCCCAGUUCCUGCGCCGUCUUAUUUCUCGGAGCAGCAGUGGACGACCUUCUAUGCUCUGGCUGACGCGAUUAUCCCGUCUAUUCGCGGGUCGUCUGUAUCCAAUACGUCCAAUGACAGAAUCAUCUCGCAGGAUGAGUGGGAUGCUGCCGUAUCAAAGCUGACGGCUACGAUCCCUGGCCCCGAUGCGGCAAAGCUCGCAGCCCAGUACCUGACCGAGGAUGCGUCGUCGAAUCCUGCGUUCCGUACCUGCGUCGAGCGCAUCUUCGGCGACUUUGUGAAUGAAGAAGGGAAGCGUGGCAUUGGGCUGAUCCUUAGGGCGCUUAAUACCUGUGCUGGAUCAUUGAUCCUAACCGGAUCUACUACACCUAUCCAUCAGCAAUCGGUAGCCGUCCGUGAAAAGGUCUUUCGUGGAUGGGACACAUCGCGCUUGCCCCCCCUUCGGCUCAUCUACCGAGCGCUUAGCGCUAUCGUCAAGAAAUCAUGGGUGAUUACUAGCCCGACGAUGAGUCCCGUACUUGGUCUCCCGCGCGUUCCUGUCCACGGAAAGUUCGCCGAGGGUUUCGCGUACGAAUUUCUACAGCUCCCACCAGGAGACCAGCCGGAGACGAUCGAGACGGAUGUUGUCGUUAUAGGCAGUGGCUGCGGUGGUAGCGUGGCCGCGAAGAAUUUGGCCGAAGCUGGACAUCGCGUGCUCGUGGUUGAGAAGUCCUAUUCGUACCCUAGCAAUGCCUUUCCGAUGACUCCCAACGAAGGCUUUGUGAAUAUGUUUGAAGCUGGAGGCGCUGUCCUUAGCGACGAUGCGUCUAUGGUGAUUCUAGCAGGCUCAACGUGGGGAGGCGGCGGCACCGUGAAUUGGUCGGCAGCCUUGCAGACGCAGGGAUAUGUCCGACAGGAGUGGGCAGACGGCGGCUUACCAUUCUUUACCUCGUUCGAAUUUCAGCAAAGCCUUGAUCGCGUCUGCGAUCGUAUGGGCGUGAACACGGAGCAUAUUUGUCACAACCACCAAAAUAGGGUUAUCCUUGAGGGCGCACGCAAACUUGGCUAUGCCGCUAAGGCCGUGCCGCAGAAUACGGGGAAUAGUGAGCACUAUUGUGGUUACUGCACCCUAGGCUGUCACUCGACAGGAAAGAAAGGCCCUAUUGAAUCGUGGCUAGUGGACGCUGCGAAGGCCGGGGCGACCUUUAUGGAGGGCUUCCGGGCCGACAAGGUGCUUUUUCAAAACGAUGAUAAGCGAGUCGCAUCGGGUGUAGAGGGAACCUGGACCUCGCGAGAUUCGCACCUUGGUCUUAGCGGCGAGGCCGUGCGACGCAAGGUAAUUAUCAAGGCCAAGAAGGUAAUCGUAUCAUGCGGUACGUUGCAGAGCCCGCUGCUGCUACUGCGAAGCGGCCUAAAGAACUCCCAGAUUGGUCGAAACCUCCAUCUCCAUCCUGUCAUGGGCGCUGGCGCGAUUUUUGACGAAGAGACCCGUCCGUGGGAGGGUGCCGCGUUAACGACCGUGGUAAACGAGUUUGAAAAUCUCGAUGGACGCGGACACGGCGUGAAGAUCGAAUCGGUAGCGAUGAUACCCUCUGUGGUUAUUCCCGUAUUCCCGUGGCGGGACGGACUCGACUACAAGUUAUUCGCGGCUCGCAUAAACCACAGCUCUAGCUUCAUCACGCUUACCAAAGAUCGUGAUAGCGGACGUGUCUACCCAGACCCAGCGGACGGACGUGUUCGCGUCGACUAUAGCGUCUCCGCUUUUGACCGCAAGCAUAUAGUGGAGGGGCUGAUCGCCUCCGCCAAAAUCGCGUAUAUCUCGGGUGCAAAAGAGUUUCAUACGACCUACCGCGACAUCCCGCCCUUCAUCCGGCCGAACGCAUCGACUCCAGGAGCCCCCGAAGGCACUAAUGAUGCCGCGUUACAGAGCUGGAUUGCUCAGCUCCGACGGAAGUCGCCCCUAAACCUAGAGCGGGGCCUAUUCGCCAGCGCCCACCAGAUGGGCACAUGUCGCAUGGGCAAAUCCCCCAAAUCGAGCGUGGUGGAUCCGAUUUGCCAGGUCUGGGGCACUAAAGGCCUCUACGUGGUGGAUGCGUCCGUGUUCCCUAGCGCUAGCGGCGUGAAUCCCAUGGUCACCAACAUGGCGAUUGCAGACUGGGCCAGUCGGAACAUCGCACGGCUUAUGGAAAGUCACAAGGCAAAGGGAACGUGA